AAGGGUUUUACUUGCACCAGUUGAGUGUAAGCUGGUGAGGCGAAGGAACACAAGCGGGGCAGGAAUUGCGAGGAAGGAAUUGCUUUGGAACGGCGAGGCGCCCUUGACACUGGCAGCAUGAGGACCAUACUUCUCUUGGUGGUGGUGGUGAUGUUCUUGGGAGGACCUCUGUCAGUCGCCGGAAACUCCCUUCGCUGUUACACCUGCGUCUCCAUGCCUAACGACCUGACCUGCAUGAAUGACCCCGACAGUGUGACCAGCAGCGUGCCAAUCACCGACUGCGACAUGGAUGGCGAAGUUUGCUGCACCAUUACUCGUAUCAACUUCCUCGAGGAUGAAACCAAGCUUCAGUCCUUCAGCCGAGGGUGUACAGACAAGUGUCCUAAGAAAAGCUUCGAGAAGGUGGAGGACGCAACCUACGUCACUUACAACACUGUCUGCAAAACCCCGGAGUGUAACGUGGGCCCUGGUGACAAGCCGCUGACUGGUUCAGGAGGGUCACAAGAUGCCAAGUCCAAUGAGAUCUGGGGCAUCCAAGGUUUACCAAGUGGUGCCAACGCUCUCAGUGCCUCUCUCCUCCUCUUGACUGUUCUCCCUCUCCUCCUGCUGCGUCAGAACUAAAGGAACAUCAGCGGAACUCCCCCUCCACCUCUUCCAAUACUCUCACAUAUUCAAGAGGGAGUUUUUAAAGAGCAAUUUAUAGAUAAUAAUGAUACACUGAUAAACAAAUUAACCACCAAGAAAUUCUCACACUACUUUUUUUUUUUAUACCAUGUGGGCUUUUCACGGGAAUUUAUGGGCUAAAGGGGAGACUGUUUAGGGUACCUCCUAUCUCAAAGCCCACCCGCUAGGAAACCGUUGCCCCGCGUGAGGAAUCCCAGCCUACACUCGAUUCGAAACCGCGCAUGGUUCCACUGUACCACGACGGCCGCUAACUUACUUAUACCUCUUUCUCUCUUUCGCUGCUCCCAAACAGUUAAUAUGGAGUUUUUAAAGCUAACUUUAUAGACAGAGAUGAUGCAUGUGUAUGAGUGGGUAUGGGUGUGUGUUUGCUCUAUUGCUGUUUCCUUUACGUUGUUGUAUUCUAAAUUCUGAAGAUAAGCUUUAAUAAUUCCUGACAGUCCAUGGAAAAAGUCUAUAUGUGUACUUAUUUGUUAUCACACUAUUAUAUUAUGUCUGUAAUCUUCGUCACUCCACUUUAUAUCUUAACAUUGUCAGUAUAUAUAUUUUACAAACAAUUUUUUUUUUUAUUUAUGAUACUUUGGCAAUAUAUUCCAUAAUUUCCUCAGAA